AUGCCUGCUACAUUAGCCGUCAUCCCAGCUCUGCUCAUGCCUUCCCCUGUGGCUUUGCAUAACCAACUCCGAUUUCUUUUCUUCUAUCUACCAAGGGAGACGCUGAGGAGCGGCGCCCAACGGUUUUUAACCGCCUUCCGUUGCGCCCGUUGCCCAACGACCGUUGCGCGGAGGCGCGCGCGGCUCCUCCACACGCGCGCGCGGGAACGCCUCAGCCCCUUGUCCCUCCGCUUCGGGCUCGCCGAGGGGCCGGUGGGCAAGAGUGCCUGCAACGUGGCCCAUAAAAACAUCCGGGAGCAGGGACGCUUCCUCCAGGACGUCUUCACCACCCUGGUGGACCUCAAAUGGCCCCACACACUGCUCAUCUUCACCAUGUCCUUCCUCUGCAGCUGGCUGCUCUUCGGCAUGGUCUGGUGGCUCAUCGCCUUCGCCCACGGAGACCUGGACCACAGCACCCGGCUGCAGCGCGACCCCAGAGAGGGGGUGGCGGGGACCCCGGCUGGUUUUGUGCCCUGUGUGACCAGCAUCCACUCCUUCACCUCCGCCUUCCUCUUCUCCAUCGAAGUGCAGGUGACGAUCGGCUUUGGGGGACGCAUGGUCACGGAGGAGUGCCCGGCCGCCAUCCUGGUGCUGAUCGUGCAGAACAUUGUGGGGCUGGUGAUCAACGCCAUCAUGCUGGGCUGCAUCUUCAUGAAGACCUCGCAGGCCCACCGCCGGGCCGAGACCCUCAUCUUCAGCAAGCACGCGGUCAUCGCCCUGCGCGAGGGCAAGCUCUGCUUCAUGCUGCGUGUGGGUGACCUCCGGAAGAGCAUGAUCAUCAGUGCCACCAUCCGCAUGCAGGUGGUGAAGAAGACUGCCAGCCUGGAGGGGGAGGUGGUGCCCCUCAACCAGAUUGACAUCCAGAUGGAGAACCCCGUAGGGGGCAACAGCAUCUUCCUCGUCUCCCCACUUAUCAUCUACCAUGUGAUAGACAAAAAUAGCCCCCUCUAUGACAUUUCCCCUGUGAACCUUCACCACCAUGAGGACCUGGAGAUCAUUGUCAUCCUGGAAGGGGUGGUGGAGACCACUGGCAUCACCACUCAAGCCAGAACCUCCUACCUGGCAGAUGAAAUCCUCUGGGGCCAAAGGUUUGUGCCCAUCGUGGCAGAGGAAGAUGGGCGAUACUCUGUGGACUACUCUAAAUUUGGCAACACGGUGAAAGUGCCCACCCCUUCGUGCACUGCUAGGCAGCUGGAGGAGGACAGGAGCAUUAUGGACACUAUGCCGUUGUCCCCUAAAGGCACAAUAAGGAAGAGGUCUGUCAAGCUAAAGCCCAAGUUUACCGUAAGCGAUGAGCCUUCCUGAUGCCUUUUGACUGGGAAACUCUGUUAGGGCUUUGUGUCUGAAAGAUCUCAUAAACUCAAAACACUGAGGUGGCCUCUUACUUUUUUUUAAAUUCAGGUUGGUAGCACAAGGUAUGUUCUGGUGUUAUUUAUUGUGAGAUAAAUCUAAAGCUAAUUAUAUUUUUUUAAAAGUGUGAGAGAUUUCAAGCAGCACUGGGAGUAGGAAAAUCAUGGUCUGCAGCUUUAAAUUUAAUUGCACAUUCAUUUUGCAUUGAUUAAUCUGCAGGUAAUGACAUUUUCUCAAAAAAUAAAUUAUUUCUCUUAAGAGAUUGCUGUACUUAGGGUCUUGCAGUGUUCUAAAGUCAGUAGUUUUUAACUGGGUUUUUUUCUAACUUGAACAAUCAAUAUAGCAAAAUAAAAUUUUAAUAAUUAAUAAAGUAGGCUGGAUUUAAAUUAUAACAAAAAGGUCAGGCAAUGUUAUGUAUGACAUAAGACCAGAUCUGGAAGUGUCUAUGUAUUAUACUCUAUGUUUCAAAGAAAUUAACUGCCAGAUUUGCUUCAUCCAUAUUGUAUUGUAUGGAGCCGCUCCUACCACAUGCAAUAUGAAAUGUAUUUGAAUAUUUACUUUUGUUUAUUUUAAAACCCUUUACACUUCCAAAAUAAAACAUUCAGGAAUA